UGUGAAUCUAACAUUUUAGGAAUCAGAAUCGCCAUCUUCAUCCGCGCCGCUGUUUCUACGCGGGAACAAUGGCGCUUAGUCGGACGUACGGGCCCAAACCCAUUAAGUUCCAACUCGAGGACGCCGGAGAAUGGUUCAUGAUCGGCUCCGAGGUGGGGAAUUACCUGCGCAUGUUCAGGGGCUCCCUGUACAAAAAGUACCCUUCGCUAUGGCGCCGUUUGGCCACAAUGGACGAGCGCAAGAAGAUCGUCGCCUCGUCGCACGGUGAGGCGACGAGCCGUUGGGAAUGGGGACAGUGCAGGGGCAAGGCGAGGACGUCAGACGACAGAUACCAUGGCUACACAACCCUGGCCACCAGUGUGACAUUGCUCAAGGCCUGCGAGGUGGAGGAGAUCCUGGAAGGCAAUGAUGACAAAUACAAAGCAGUCUCCAUUAGCACUGAGCCACCUGCCUACCUUCGAGAGCAGAAGCCAAAGCGGCCGAACCAGUGGGUGCCAGCGAUGCCCAACAGCUCUCACCAUCUCGACGCAGUGCCUUGCUCCACGCCCAUUAACCGCAACCGCAUGGGCCGCGACAAAAAGCGCACUUUCCCGCUCUGUUUCGAUGACCACGACCCGGCAGUGAUUCAUGAGAACGCGAUGCAGUCCGAAAUUCUGGUGCCCAUUCGUCUGGACAUGGAGAUCGAUGGACAGAAGCUCAGAGACACUUUUACGUGGAACAUGCAUGAGAAGCUGAUCACGCCAGAGAUGUUUGCCGAGAUCCUGUGCGACGACCUGGAUCUGAACCCGCUGAGUUUUGUGCCAUCCAUCGCAGCUGCGAUUCGCAGCCAAGUGGAGGCCUUCCCUACUGACAGCAUCCUCGACGACCAGAGUGACCAGCGGGUCAUCGUCAAGCUCAAUAUCCACGUGGGGAACAUCUCGCUGGUGGAUCAGUUUGAAUGGGACAUGGCAGAGAAGGAGAACUCGCCGGAAAAGUUUGCGCUCCGGCUUUGCUCGGAGCUGGGACUGGGUGGAGAGUUUGUCACUACUAUUGCCUACAGCAUCCGUGGCCAGCUCAGCUGGCACCAGCGCACGUAUGCCUUCAGGUCGGUGCCACGCCCUUGCAAAAGUGAGAACCCGCUGCCGAUAGUGGAGAUUGCCAUCCGGAAUGCUGGCGAUGCCGAUGCCUGGUGCCCCUUCCUGGAGACCCUCACUGAUGCUGAGAUGGAGAAGAAGAUUCGGGACCAGGACAGGAACACUCGGCGUAUGCGACGACUGGCCAACACUGCUCCGGCUUGGUAGCUUUCUGCCACUCCUCAUCAAGACAGCUGCUGUAAUAUUGCCUGGAAGUUGGACACACGUCUCUCUGCCCAUAGAUAUUCAACUUUGUGUAGCAUAUAGUUUUCCUUUUGUAUGUAUUUUUUUUAAACAUUAAACUAUAUGGUAUAAUUGGAUAUUGCUCUUGAAGCGUUAAUACUAUUUAAUACUGUAUCCAUAAAGCCAAAUGUUAAACAUUACACUGUUCCCAGCAUCUUGUAAUUUACCUUCAUUGUUUAUGGUAUUUUUAAAGAUGGCAUAUAUAUGAUGAAACCAAUUAUCAUUACACUUCUUGACAUUUUGGAAAAUAUACUUUUGCCGCUUCUGUUUGUUUUGGGGUCAAAACUGUGUUUAGUGUUUUCAUUGUUUUUCAAGGAAGAUACGUUACGUGUUUCCCCCCCCAUCACAUGCAGCUCUUUUUAGAACAGCUGUCAUUGUUGAAACAUACUUGAGUUGUUUGCGAUGAGUUUAGCUUUCAUUUUCAUUCAGAUCUGUCAUGUUAAAUACAUUUUUAAAAAAUAAUAAAACUUGAUUUGUUUUCUAACUUG